UCCAAAAAAUCAACUUACGUCAACAGUAAAUUUUCAUCGAAAAUUCUUGUGUUGGACUUUGGUUGAUUUUGCGACUUUGUUUCGCAUACAAUUAUUGUUAUCAUCCUUUUCGUCAACAUAACCAUUAAACGACUACAGGACCAUCAUUUUCGAGGGAAAACCAAUUGAAUAAAAAAAAAAUGGGAGUCCUAAGUAAUCUAUUCAAAGAAGAACCAAAGCCGGCUCCGGCCAACGGAAUAAACGCUGUUCUCCUGGGACCUCCUGGUUCAGGAAAAGGAACACAGGCACCUUUGCUGAAAGAAAAAUUUUGCGUUUGUCAUUUAUCAACCGGUGACAUGCUUCGCGCAGAAAUUGCUACCGGAUCGAAACUUGGUGCUCAGUUAAAGAAGGUUAUUGACGAGGGGAAACUAGUUUCAGAUGAGUUGGUUGUUGAAAUGAUUGACAGUAAUUUGGACAAACCUGAAUGUAAGAAUGGAUUCCUUCUGGACGGUUUUCCUCGCACAGUAAAACAAGCCGAAAAGUUAGACGACUUGCUCGAUAAACGACACACCGCAUUAGAUGCUGUAAUCGAAUUCGGUAUUGACGAUAGCUUACUGGUGCGGCGGAUAACAGGUCGAUUAAUUCAUGUGGCAAGCGGUCGUUCUUAUCAUGAGGAAUUCCAUCCACCGAAAACUGCCAUGACAGAUGACAUUACCGGUGAACCAUUGAUUCGUCGAAGUGACGACAAUGUGGACGCAUUGAAGAAGCGUCUCGAAGCAUAUCAUACACAAACCAAGCCAUUGGCUGAUUACUAUGCUCUGAAAGGACUACAUUACAAGAUUGAUGCAGCCCGAGGUGCUAAGGAUGUGUUUGCGAACAUUGACAGUAUCUUCGUAUCGAAACGAUCCGAGCAGAAACGAAGUGUUAAUUAACUAUCGAUGCACUCUGAUCGUCGACAACUCACCGUAUACAAUAAGAAAAUAUCAUGGCACUAUCACUAUGAAACGAACUGUCGUUGCUUUAAACGUUUUUUUUUUCUUCGAUUUUUUUGUUGAAUACAGAGAAUUAAGUUCGGCAAAGUGUAAAAUUCUCAACUUACUUGAACGUAUAGUUUUUCCAGUAAGUUCCGGAAAGGUGUAUGGAUAGGGUAAAUAGUUGCAAUCAGAAAAUAUAUUUUACAAUCAAAAAUG